UUUCUUCAUGGAUUGGGAGAUACCGGGCAUGGAUGGUCAGAAGCGCUUGCAGGUAUCAAAAGCCCCCAUGUAAAAUACAUUUGCCCACAUGCGCCAGUUAUGCCAGUUUCUUUGAACAUGAACAUGGCUAUGCCAUCAUGGUUCGAUAUCAUUGGACUUUCUCCAGAUUCACAGGAAGAUGAAGUUGGGAUCAAGCAGGCAGCAGAGAAUGUUAAAGCACUGAUAGAUCAAGAAGUAAAAAAUGGAAUUCCUUCUCAUAGAAUUAUUCUGGGAGGCUUUUCUCAGGGAGGUGCGUUAUCAUUGUAUACAGCUCUUACAACACAACAAAAAUUAGCAGGUGUUGUAGCCCUCAGCUGUUGGCUUCCUCUACGGGCUUCUUUUCCUCAGGGCCCUAUCAGUGGUGUCAACAAGGAGAUUGCUGUUCUUCAGUGCCAUGGGGACUGUGACCCGUUGGUUCCUCUAAUGUUCGGUUCUCUCACUGUUGAGAAGCUAAAGAGUAUGAUAAAUCCAGCCAACGUAACCUUCAGGACUUACUCUGGCAUGAUGCAUAGCUCAUGUAUUGAGGAAAUGAUGGAUGUAAAACAGUUCAUAGACAAACAUCUACCUCCCGUAGACUGAAAUGAUAUGUGAGAACCCUUCUAUAUAAAUACACCAGCAUCAACUGUGGUAGAGUGUUAAUCUUUUCAAAUGCCUGAUAGGAAGCAUUACUUCUAUACCGGCAGUGUUACUACUGUGUUGCAAAUUUAUACUUAGGAUGAGGAUUAAAUAAUACACAUGCAAGAAAUUAUAAUCUUUUUAGUAUUAAUUGUCCACUGGUGGGACUAUAUGAAUGAGGCAGCUAGGUAACAAUGACAGAAUGUAACCUAAGUGUACUGUUUAAGAAGUCUGAUUUUUUUCUUUUUGAUUGCAGAAUUUUAAACUAUUUGUACAAGUCAUUAAAAAAAGUGAGCAACAUAAAUGUGACCAGUUUAGUUACACUUGAGACAUGAUUUGUUCUUACUACUCCUUG